AUGGCCCGUCGCUGGAGCACAAAAGAGUCUCCGCGGUGGAGGUCUGCGCUGGUCUUGCUUUUCCUCGCCGGGGUGUACGGAAAUGGUGCUCUUGCAGAACAUUCUGAAAAUGUGCAUAUUUCAGGAGUGUCAACUGCCUGUGGAGAAACUCCAGAACAGAUUCGAGCACCGAGUGGGAUAAUCACAAGCCCAGGCUGGCCUUCCGAAUAUCCUGCCAGAAUCAACUGUAGCUGGUUCAUAAGGGCAAACCCAGGGGAAAUCAUUACUAUAAGUUUUCAGGAUUUUGACAUUCAAGGGUCCAGAAGAUGCAGUUUGGACUGGUUGACGAUAGAAACAUAUAAGAAUAUUGAAAGCUACAGAGCCUGUGGUUCCACAAUCCCACCGCCGUACAUUUCUUCCCAAGACCACGUCUGGAUCAGGUUCCAUUCCGAUGACAGUAUCUCUAGGAAGGGUUUCAGGCUGGCAUACUUUUCAGGGAAAUCUGAAGAACCAAACUGUGCUUGUGACCAGUUUCGCUGUGGAAAUGGAAAGUGUAUACCAGCAGCCUGGAAAUGCAACAACAUGGAUGAAUGCGGAGACAGUUCUGAUGAAGAGAUCUGUGCCAGAGAAGCGAAUCCUCCAACAUCUGCCUCCUUCCAGCCCUGUGCUUACAACCAGUUCCAGUGUCUGUCUCGGUUUACCAAAGUCUACACCUGCCUCCCCGAGUCUUUAAAAUGCGACGGCAACAUUGACUGCCUUGACCUCGGAGAUGAGAUUGAUUGUGAUGUGCCCACAUGUGGGCAGUGGUUAAAAUAUUUUUAUGGUACUUUUAAUUCUCCCAAUUACCCAGACUUUUAUCCUCCCGGAAGCAAUUGCACCUGGUUAAUAGACACUGGUGAUCACCGCAAAGUCAUCUUACGCUUCACAGACUUUAAACUUGAUGGUACUGGUUAUGGUGAUUAUGUCAAAAUAUAUGAUGGAUUAGAGGAGAAUCCGCACAAGCUUCUGCGUGUGUUGACCGCUUUUGAUUCUCACGCGCCUCUCACUGUCGUGUCUUCGUCUGGACAGAUAAGGGUCCAUUUCUGCGCCGAUAAAGUCAACGCGGCCCGGGGCUUUAAUGCCACUUACCAGGUGGAUGGCUUCUGCCUGCCGUGGGAGAUCCCGUGCGGAGGGAACUGGGGCUGCUACACCGAGCCGCAGCGCUGUGACGGCUACUGGCACUGCCCGAACGGCAGGGACGAGGCCAACUGCACCGCCUGCCAGAGGGACGAGUUCCCGUGCUCCCGCAACGGCGUCUGCUACCCGCGCUCCGACCGCUGCAACUACCAGAAUCACUGCCCAAACGGCUCUGACGAGAAAAACUGCUUUUUUUGCCAGCCAGGAAACUUUCACUGUAAAAACAACCGGUGCGUGUUUGAAAGCUGGGUGUGUGACUCUCAGGACGACUGCGGCGACGGCAGCGACGAGGAGAACUGCCCCGUGAUCGUGCCGACCCGGGUCAUCACCGCCGCCGUUAUCGGGAGCCUCAUCUGCGGCCUGCUGCUGGUCAUUGCCUUGGGGUGCACCUGUAAGCUCUAUUCUCUGAGGAUGUUUGAACGAAGAUCAUUUGAAACACAGUUGUCCAGAGUGGAAGCAGAAUUGUUAAGAAGAGAAGCUCCUCCCUCUUAUGGACAAUUGAUCGCUCAGGGUUUAAUUCCACCAGUUGAAGAUUUUCCUGUUUGUUCACCUAAUCAGGCAUCUGUUUUGGAAAACCUGAGGCUGGCUGUACGGUCUCAGCUUGGAUUUACUUCCAUCAGGCUUCCUAUGGCAGGCAGAUCCAGCAACAUCUGGAACCGUAUUUUUAAUUUUGCAAGGUCACGGCAUUCAGGGUCAUUGGCUCUGGUCUCAGCAGAUGGAGAUGAGGUUGUCCCUAGCCAGAGUACCAGCAGAGAACCUGAAAGAAAUCAUACUCACAGAAGUCUGUUUUCCGUGGAGUCUGAUGACACAGACACAGAAAAUGAGAGAAGAGAUCCAGCAGGAGCAUCGGGUGGGGUUGCAGCUCCUUUGCCCCAAAAAGUCCCUCCCACGACGGCUGUAGAAGCAGCAGUGGGAGCAAGUGGAAGUUCCACCACUCAGAGCACCCGAGGGGGUCACACAGAGACCGGACGGGAUGUCACCGCUGUGGAGCCCCGCAGUGUGAGUCCAGCACGGCACCAGCUCACAAGUGCGCUCAGUCGAAUGACUCAGGGGCUGCGUUGGGUACGCUUCACAUUAGGGCGAUCAAGCUCCGUGAGUCAGAACCAGAGCCCUUUGAGACAACUUGAUAAUGGGGUAAAUGGAAGAGAAGAAGAUGAUGAUGUCGAGAUGCUAAUUCCAGUUUCUGAAGGAGCUUCAGACUUCGAUGUGAAUGACUGCUCCAGGCCCCUUCUUGGUCUUACGUCCGAUCAAGGGCAAGGGUUCAGACAACCACACAGUGGAACAAACCCUGGAGUGAGGCCAAGUAGUCGUGAUGGCCCUUGUGAGCGCUGUGGUAUCGUCCACACUGCCCAGAUCCCGGACUCUUGCUUGGAAGCAACACUGAAAACUGAAACCAGUGAUGAUGAAGCUUUGUUACUUUGUUAG